CAACAAGCUGGACCUCAGCCCGGAGAGGAGCUCCGCCGCCCCGCUACCGUCCGCCCGCCGUCCCGGUAAACAACCAACCAACUAAAAAAAAAAACACCGAAAACCGACAGAAGCAGCCGCCAUGAAGGAGCAGAAACGGUUUCCCGUGUGGCUGCAACUUUUCUCAGCGUGCCUGGUGUUGGCGGUAAACGCUGAUUACUGUAAGGUGAACGUGUGCAGUAAUGGAGGAACCUGUGUGACCGGAGCAGGAGCUCCCUUCAUCUGUAUCUGCCCUGAUGGAUUCACUGGAGAAACCUGCAACGAGACAGAGACUGGGCCCUGCAACCCAAACCCGUGCAAGAAUGACGCCACCUGCGAGGUGACGGGUCAAACCCGCCGAGGCGACGUGUUCAGCGAGUACGUCUGCAAGUGCCAGCCGGGCUUCGAUGGCGUCCACUGCCAGAACAGUGUCCCAGGGGCAGAUUUAAAUUCAAGAACAGAUGUGAAUGACUGUGCUGGUCAGCCCUGUGAGAACGGAGGAACCUGCAGGGACCUGGACGGAGACUUCAAGUGCCACUGUCCGUCUCCGUACGUGGGAAAACACUGCCAGCUGCGCUGUAUCUCUCUGCUGGGCAUGGAGGGAGGAGGCAUCGCUGAGUCCCAGAUCUCCGCCUCCUCGGUGCGUUACAGCCUGCUGGGUCUGCAGCGCUGGGGCCCCGAGCUGUCCCGCCUCAACAACAAGGGCCUGGUUAACGCCUGGAGCGCCGCCGCUCACGACAAGAACCCCUGGAUAGAGAUCAACAUGCAGAGGAAGAUGCGGUUCACCGGCAUUGUGACUCAGGGAGCGAGCCGCAUGGGGACCGCCGAGUUCAUCAAGGCCUUCAAGGUGGCCUCCAGUCUGGACGGGAAGACCUACAGCCUGUACAGGUCGGAGAGUCUGAGGAAGGACAACGUGUUUGUUGGGAACGUGGACAACGACGGCACCAAGACGAACCUGUUCGACCCUCCCAUCAUCGCCCAGUACAUCCGCAUCAUCCCGGUGGUGUGCCGCAAGGCCUGCACCCUGCGCAUGGAGCUGGUGGGCUGCGAACUCAACGUCUACUCAAACACUUCAGGUUGUUCGGAGCCGAUGGGUAUGAAGUCUCGUCUGGUGUCCAACCGCCAGAUCACGUCCUCCAGCUCCUUCCGUACCUGGGGCAUCGAGGCCUUCACCUGGCACCCUCACUACGCCCGGCUGGACAAACAGGGCAAGACUAACGCCUGGAGCGCCGCCACCAACAACCAGUCAGAGUGGCUGCAGGUGGAUCUGGGCUCCACCAAGAAGGUGACCGGAGUGAUCACUCAGGGGGCCAAAGACUUCGGCUCCAUCCAGUUCAUCACAGCCUUCAAAGUGGCUCACAGUGACGACGGACAGACCUGGACCAUCGUCAAGGACGAGACCACAAAGAAGGACAAGAUCUUCCCGGGAAACAGCGACAACAACGUCCACAAGAAGAACAUCUUCGAGCCUCCGUUCUUCGGACGCUUCGUGCGCAUCCUGCCGUGGGAGUGGCACGAGAGGAUCACCCUCAGGAUGGAGCUGCUGGGCUGUGACCUGUAGCUGCUCCUCCUGCUCCUCCUCCUCCUCCUCCUCCUCCUCCCGUCUCCCUCCUGAGCCACACCUGCACUGCCUUGCUCUCGGCCCUAGGGGGCAGCAGACACCAGAGUAGCACCCUCCACCCUCUCUGAGCUCUUUGUUCGUUUCCUGGACUGAUCACUCCUCUUUUUUUUUUCUCCACCUGAACCAAAUCUGUGAUCAUUUCAAUAAACGAGCGUCUCUCCUCUCCUCCGGGGGUCAGGUUGUAAUCUGCUCCCUGAGGUCAGGGGUCAGGGGUCACGGGACCGCUGCUGGAUCCGUUGGUGCUGCCUAGACUCUGAUCCCAGAUCAGUUCUACCUGGAACACUGAACCUCCAAGACCCGCGGCUGGUGAUGUACAUAAGCUCCACUUGACAGCUUACACACACACACACACACACACACACACACACUCACGCUGCAUUUUUAGUCUGCACCAAAAAAUAAUCUGAUCGAUUUAUUGGCCAGGAACCUUUAAAUCUGCUGAGAGAGGUCGUACCAAAUUGUUUAAAAAACAAUUUACGUGCAAAUUUGCCAUAUUUUCUUUCUCUUAAAGGGUUAAUUCACCCAAAAAUCAAAUAUUUUUCCUCUUUUACCUGUCGAGCUUUUUAUUAGUCUGGAUUACUUUGGUGAGAUUUGCAGAGUUUUGGAGAAAAGUCUGUCUUCUGUCCAGUACUGAGCUCUAGAUGUUUUAUUUUCUUUAUUUGCACAUUUAAAGAAAAAACAUGGAAAAAAUAAAUAAAAACAAAAAUAAUUAUAAAUAAUAUAGAGAAAAAAACCUCACCUAAUAGAAAUGGAAAAAAGAAUAUGUGCACAUGAAUAAAAUGAAUAAAUAAAACAGAAUAAAAAAUAAAAUAACAAUCUUAAUGUCUGAUCACAUUUGAUCUUGUGAUUUAGCUAUUAAGAAAAUAGCUCAGCUCUAAUUUGACGUAAUGCCACAAGACUUGUUUUUAGUAGAAAAAUGUGAGCAAAAUAAUAGACAUUUCUGUUGAUUUUUUCCAUUUUUCUGCCAAAUGCAAUAUUUCCUGUUAUACAAUCCUGGGUCCAAAAAAGUUUAGAUGUGUAAAAUGUAAAGAAUAAUAAAAAAUAAUCCGGUUUAACACAAAAUAUCUUGUCAGUGAAUUGAAUGUGUCAAAAAAGAUAAAAAAGAAUGAUCAUAUUUUGUUUUAUUCACAUUUUAGACAAAGUCCCGACUUGUUUGUAAUAAAAUAAACUUCUUCAUCUGAUAUCUCCGAUUCUCUCCACUCACCAGAACAAACCAGAUUAUUUAUCAGCUCUGCAGGUCAGAAGAAUAACUUUAUUAUUUUGGAUGGUUUGCCCUUUAAAACAGAAAUAAGAGCGCGUGUGUUUCAGUAUUUCUGAUAUUUCUCUGCAGUUUUCACAGUAAAAUCCUCAGUUCAUCUGUUUAAACUGCUUCAGAUAUAAACUAUUCACUAUUUACACAGAUCCUCAUUCUGACUAAACGUGUUCAACUCAUCCAAACUUUAGUAAACUCUGAUCAGAGUAAAGUCAUCAACAACCCUCAGAGUUUUGUCUCUGCGGCUUUCUGUAGAAAACUUUUGCGAGUUUAUAGCAAACAGACGAAGCAGAUGAAAGAUUAAUGACACACAUUAAACGUGGUGUGGAUGAAGCGUCUCAGUCUAACAGAUGUGGAGGAGAGGAGACGCCCUCGCUGACAGACAGACAGGAAGUUACAACAAAGCAUGAAACCAGUCUGAGGUCAUUGUUGAUUGAAGGAGAAGACGCUUCUCUGUUUCUGCUCUUCAGGAACAAAUAAUAGAGACGGACUGAGAUUUAAACACUGCUGACGUGACGUCUUAACCCUUUGAUGCACAACAACAUGGUCUAAAGUGACCCAAUAUAUCUUAAUACAUUAUUUUCAUCAUUCAGUAUUCCAGGUUUUCCUCAACUUGUUUUUUUUCUUUCAUCAUACAUCCUAAUUUAAUGUUUUCCUUUAUUCAUUUUUUAAUAAAAUCCCUUUUUGUGUCUCUAUUCUAAUGCUGAACAUGGGUGAAAAAUGACCCAUAUCCAUUUUUAGCUAAGUAGCUUGCUAAGCUAACAACUUAGCUAACUUCUUGGCUAAGUACCUAGCUAAGUAGCUUGCUAAGCUAACAACUUAGCUAACUUCUUGGCUAAUUACUUAGCUAACUGGCUUACUAAGCUAACAACUUAGCUAACUUCUUGGCUAAUUACUUAGCUAACUGGCUUGCUAAGCUAACAACUUAGCUAACUUCUUGGCUAAUUACUUAGCUAACUGGCUUGCUAAGCCAACAACUUAGCUAACUUCUUGGCUAAGUAGCUUGCUAAGCUAACAACUUAGCUCACUUCUUGGCUAAGUACUUAGCCCUGCUAAAAGAACCUCUGUCGCUUCAGCAGAAUUUGUCCUGUCUUUCUUUCGGCUUCGAUGCAUUUUUAAAAAAAAGAUUAGCGUCAUUUUGUGUACGUGUGCGCUGCCUAGGAAGUAAUUGUUACAAUUGCAAGCCAAGAAGUUAGCUAAGUAUUUAGCUUAGCAAGCUACUUAGCCAAGUAGUUAGCUUUGUAAUAAUGCAAAAACGUUUUAUCUUCAUAAAGUAUGAGAGGCAAAAUGGAAAUAAUGAUCUGUUGUUAUCAAAAACAAGAUAUUUAAAGAAUAUUUGGAAUAUUCAAUCAUAAAAUAAGUUCAAGAUGUUGUGCAUUAGUAGGGGUUAAAAUAUGUUGUGCAUCAAAAGGGUUAAACUAGAACUUCUCAAGUCUUAAACAGUGUUAAAACGUUACGUAGAAUUAAACUUUUUUUGUGAUUUAGCAGCUUCAGACUGCAGUUCACUUUAAGCGGAAUAUGAAUAUGAACAGCUGCAGAAAAGGUGUUUAGUCUAAAACCAGAUCAAACAGUAAAUCUGAGGGAAAUGAUCUUGCUGCAUGGACAGAUAAUUUACCUUGACAAGAUUUCUUAAAUUAAGAUUAUUAAAUCUAGAAAUAAGCAUGUUGAACACUUAAAAUAAGAAAAUGAAAGAAUGAAGCUGAAAAUGAGCAUAAAAUCCUCUUUAAACAAAAAAAAGAAACGUUUAGUCUCGUCUAAAACAGUUAAAACGUUACGUAGAAUUAAACUUUUUUGUGAUUUAGCAGCUUCAGACUGCAGUUCACUUAAAUAUGAAUAUGAACAGCUGCACUCAUGCAAUUUGUUAUGAUAACUUAUAAUCAACAAUUAAUCAGCAGGUCUAAUCAAGCAAGUGCAACAACACCAAACAUAACAAACCUGAUAAAAUGACUUACUAGAAGUUGAGCUCAGCAUCUUUUAUUCCAGAUUAAAACCUUCUGGAGCAUCAUCGGGCUCCUUCUCACCAUAUUAGGAUGAUAACAGCUGAUAAACGACCAUUUAUUAGUGUGAAAACAUCCAUAAACAGCUGAUCUGCACCCACGCCUUGAGAACUUCCUUUGCAAAGAUGCAGCAUCAUUUUCUCAGAGAAGGUUUAAACGAAGUGUUUCACACAGAUUCUGGUUAGAAAAAAGAAGAAAAAAAAGAAAGAAUGAAGCUGAAAAUGAGCAUCAAAUCCUCUUUAAACGUUUAGUCUCGUCUUUAACGGCUGUUUGAAGAGGAAAUAUUAAAAAAAAAAAACUUGUGGUGAGAGUUUUAUCACCAGAACAUCUUCACAGCUUCCGCUUCAUAAACUUUAUUUUUGUAGUUUUUUGCCAAAAGAAUUAUUGGAAUGACGAGAAUCAAACGACAGUAUUAAAUCUAGUUAUUAAUAAUCUAAUUAUUGUGUUCAUGACUGAUUGGUUAGCUCCAUAAACGGAGAGUAAUUUCUUGUUCAUUUUAAUGCCUGGUGCAACUAAAGGUUCAUUUGUUUGGACAAAUAUAAUGAUAACAACAAAAAUAUCUGAUAAGAGUUUAAUUUAAGAGCUGAUAUCUAGACAUUUUGUUCCUUUUAUUGGUAAUUUUGUUUCUUUUUUGGUAGUUUUGUUUCUCUAGACAUUUUCCAUGGUUUUCUUGAUAAUAACCAAAAUUAUUAUUAAAAAAAACAUGUAAAAUGUCUAGAUUACCAAAAAAAAGAGAUGCAAAACUACCGAAAAAAGAAACAAAAUCACUAAAAAAGUUAAUCAAAAUUACCAAAAAAGGAACAAAAUUACAAAAAAAGGAACAAAAUGUCUAGAUUAUCUGCUCUGAAAUUAAACUCUUUCUAUUUUCUCUCCAUAAACGGAGAAAACUUGUUAUCAUCUCAGGUCAAAGCAGAUCUGCUCCUAAUGUACAGAACACACACACACACACACACACACACACACACACACUCGGCUGUGCUUCAAGUUGUGUUUCACUUUUUUAUGGCACUUUGGUGUUUUUGUGUUUUUGACAUUUGAAAUAUCCCAAAAAAAAGCAGAAAACAAAAAAAAAAAACAGUAUUGUUGAAGCGUUGAAGAACAAACUUAUUCAUUAUUUCAUGUAAAAUAAAUAAAAACUGAUAAAUAAAGUCCCGGGAGAAUCCCUCGCUGUGGUUGUUUGGUGUUACCGUGUGACAUUAAUAAUAAUUAAUGUGACAGAACGUUGAACUGAGAUGUUUCUGUCGCUGGUUCGGCUCCGCUGAUAAGAAAAAAAACAAAUUAAAUCUGAUUUUUUACGGUUCAACUGGACACAAACCUCCAUAUCAUCAUAUCACCCCCCUCCUCCACCCCGUCCCAGUAAACCUCCUCCCCCAUGAAUUAUGAAUUAUGAAUUAUGGGCUUGUGCAAUAUUCUACUGUGUUAGUUUUGAUAACAAUGGAUUUUAAUCCCAGAUCCUGUUAAAUAAAUGCAUGAGGGGCCACGGAGAGGUUAAACACUGAACAAUAUUUCUUAUUGUUGCAGACGUCUGCAUGCUGAACUCACCAUCGCUUCAUUCUGUACAUAUCUCAUACAUUCAAUCUCUUUAAUUCAUCUUUCUAUGCUAUUAUUCUCUGAUUUACUGACUGUUGACCUCACAGACUGGAGUUGAAGCUUUUUUUGUUGUUUUUUUUUAAUUCCAGUAUUGUGUUUCUAAGAGGAUUUCUUUAUGUUUUGGCCUUUGUAUCUUUAAAAUGAAGAAUAAAUAAAGAAUUAAAACAA